AUGGCCGACAUCCAAAACAUCACAGCCGAAGUCAUUGCAGCGUCUGCGGACGUCGUGCUGGUCGUCGGCCCCCCUCGAAGGUGGAAGAACCCGAGACUCACGCGCGAGCUGCAUGUGUCUUCGGCGGCUCUCAUAGCCGCUUCCGAUGUCUACGCCACGUUACUGAAACGGGAACCCGGCCAUGACAUCGCAGCUGUGCCAAGAGAGAUCCAUCUGCCAGAAGACAGGGCUGAAUCUAUGUCGUUGAUGUGCCGCCUGCUGCAGGGCAAAUACAUUCACGAGCUAGUCAGCAAAAGCAAGCCUUCCACCAUCGGCCUCCUCGCCUUUGCUGUGCAGAAAUAUGCUUGCGCGGAAGCACUGCGCAUGCAGACCGCUGCCAUCCUUCUUUCUUACAUGGAUCGUACAAAAGUCCAGCACGACGCCUCUGGAGAUAGCUCCUGCGUCGUGGCUGCCUACUUGUUCGACGACGCUCGCGCCUUUCACAUCCUCACUGGCCGCUUGCUCAAGGGAAUGCACAUUGCAACCGACGAAUAUCUGUACGAGGAGCCGAUGCCUGAGCACAUCAUACGCGAAAUCAACGAAAGGCGCACCGCUGCACAACACAAAGUCGAAUUCGGUUUAAUGUGCCUUGGGGAAGACGCUGCUGUGGUUGAGGAAUACGAUGAGGUGUACGUGAGGCAUCUGAUGCAGGGAUUCGGUAUCCCCUUUUGGCCACCCGAUCUCACAUCAGUCGCCAGCAGCUUCUGCCUGGCGGACUGUGUGCAGACCACCAGCAAGCUGAGCACAAUUGACUCACCGAAACACGGAAGAGUGAAGGACGGUGACUUCAAACAGUCCGCAGAAGAAGUGGAGGACAUGUGUCAGGGUCUUUGUUUGAAGUGCGUCAAAGAAGACAACUACCUGGACAUCAAGGAAAAAUACUGUGCAUACGAGGGCCGCAAGAAUUGGCUUCGGCAGUAA